AUGGAGUUUGGCAGCUUGGAGCACUUUAAACAGGAUGUCAAAGACUACAAUAUAAGUCUUGGGAGGCAAUUUGUAUGGGUUAAGAAUGAUAAGGGAUUGAUACCAGCAUUACAGGAGGUCAUGCCAGGUGCCCAUCACAGGUUUUGUGUGCAGCACAUGUGGAAGAAUUUCAUUAAGCAAUGGAAGGACAAAGCCAUUAGGGGAAUAGUAUGGGAGGCUGCACGAUGCACAACUGUGCCCCAAUUCCAAAGAACAAUGCAGAAAUUGAAAGAGUUGAAUGAAGAUGCUUGGGCAUACCUCAACAAGAUUGACCCCUCAUGCUGGGUGAAGGCCUAUUUUAGUCACUGGCCCAAGUGUGAUAACAUAACCAACAACAUGGCUGAGGAUGGCUGCCCAUCAAAGAUUCUUGGUACAAUUAGGGGUAAAAUUGCCCCAGCACAGCAGAAGAAGCUGGAUCAAUUGAAGGUGUUAAGAAACUCUUGGACACCAACUUGGACAGGAAACUUGGAGCAAGAUUUAUACGAAGUGACUGGGAAAGGUGAAAGGGUUGGAGUCAAUCUAACCUACAAGACUUGUGCAUGUAAUAUGUGGCAGCUCACUGGAUUUCCAUGUGAGCAUGCAAUUGCUGCAUUAUGUCACAAGAAUGAACCAGCAGAGCUUUAUGUCCAUCAAUGGCUGACAGUGGAUGCUUUGCAUGCCACUUAUGCACAUACCUUGAACCUUGUCAAUUCUGACCAGUAUUGGCCAGCAUCAUCUGAGCCUAAGCUCAUUCCUCCACCACUGAAAAAGCCAAUUGGCCGUCCCAAAAAGCAAAGGAAGAAGGAUCAAACUGAGGAGCAUGAGAGCCAAACCAAAAAAUUAAAGAGGACACGUGCUGCAAAGUGUGCUAAAUGUGGGCAAUCUGGUCACUAUGCCAAGACCUGUAAGGGACCAGCUGCAAGCAAGAGAGGGAGGAGAGCAGCAGCACCUUCACAUGCAGUUAAUUUUAACAUAGCAGCAACACAUGAAGAGGAGAUCCCUCUGAGUCAAGGAGAACCUUCAAGGCAGUCCCAGGCAGCUGAGGAAGCCAUUAAGGUCAACAGCCCACCACUUACUGCCCCACCACCAGAAGACAAUUGUCAACUGAAACCUUCAAUGCAACAAACAGUGGCACAAGGAGCAGACUUAUGGCAUUCAUGGCCACACCUGGGUUUAGGCCACCAAGACAAGCUUGAAUGA